AUGGCUUCCUCCGCUUUCGUCACCGCUCUCCCGGCAACCUUCCGAUCUACCCGGCGUCGGGUUGCCGACGGUCCCACCGCUCGCCACAACAGAAGUACAGUCCGCGCCACUGCCCACCAACCCCCAUCCUCCGGUGAGGGCCUCCCGGACAACGAAUCCCUGAAGCAUUCUCGCGCCGCUCUCGAGAAAAUGCUCGGCCUCGAGCUGAAAGUGCAGGACGAAAAGAAAGGUCAAUGUGCUUGCAUUUGGUGUUCGGGGACCAAGAAGAGGAAAUGCAGUUGGUGUGACGGCAAGGGCUGCAGACAAGAAAUGGCCCAGAAGUCGUGGGAAGAAUUAUCUACUGACAUUGAGAAAAUGACCCAAGGGGACAACCAGUUUAUGGAGCUCCCAGAAAAGAUUCUCGUUCAGUGCUCCGCCUGCUCAGGUACAAAACAACUGAGGUGCGGCUAUUGCCGCGGCAGUGGCAUCGGGUCUUAUGGUCAUGCGCAUUAACAACAUUGGACUCUAAUGUGGCGAGUUUGCCGACAAGUGCAGCUCGCUUUUUUUGUGUAAAAAAGCUUGACUUGGGUUUAUUAUUGUUCAAUAUUCUGAGAAAAGGCCAAACAUGUAUUCUUGAGGUGCCAACAUGUCAAAAGCCUCCUGGAUUUAGCAAAUCCCUCUUUCUGCCGACGCAGAUUACAAAUGUUCUCCUAGUCAAUGCCGACCGGGGAGAUCUUCGGCUUUAGUAAUUGUGCUAAUUAGUUUUUCAUCAUUAAAUCUCGUGUAACAACACUCAUUGGGAUAUCG